GUAACUGGAGGAUAGAUAAAUAAUCAAAUAAUUAGCUAUUUUUUUCUUUUAUUAUUAAUUGUGCUCAUUACCAAUGGAGAGUAUUUGAGGAGUUUGCAUUGUCAGAAGAGAAUGCUAGCCAUUUUACAUUCCUAAUGGAAAAAAAACAGGGAUAGUGCUUUUUUAUUUUGUUUAUUUAUUUAUUUUAUGAGAGAGAAUUUCUGAAAAGGGCAAAGAAAGCCACAGGAAGGGCAUAUAUAUAUCAGUGGACAGAUAUUCACUCAGAGUGUCAUGAGAUACAGCAAGGGUGGAUUUUGCAUUUGGAUUUCUUAUUUAGUUUUAUGGUGGGUAAUAUCACAUGAUGCCAGAUGAUUCCUUUUUGAGAACACUUCAAGAGAUGCCUAGGAUCUCAAGUUAUUCCAAAAAAGUCAUAGAACAGGGUGUACUCCAUAAUUUGCCUAAAGAUCAACGUGUUUUAGAUAACACAUAAGCGACUUUUGUCUCCGGGUAAAUUCACCCACUUUUGGUUAAAAUAUGUUCUUUUCUAAGAUUCUGCUGUCAAAAAUGCAGAAGACAUGCAGAACUGGAGAUCUGUACUGUACAUUUUUGUGAAAAUUAGAGUUAGUGAAGGUCUUCAAAUUAUGCACUAUAUGUUACAGUAUAUAAAAUACAGUUUUCUUUAUUUCUGAGAUCUACAUUGCAGAUAUCGGAGAUGAUUUUUUUAUCUAUACUUCAAAAGAAAAAAAUGUAUGUUUUGUUUAACAUUUAUAUUGCGGUAGAACCUAAAUAUCUCCAACAGGUUGGGUCCCAUUGUGAUAAUCAUUGUACAAACUUGUAGUGAAUGACUGUUCCUGCCUUCUUAGAGGUGGAUAUUUUUAUAUUCUUGGGAUCAGGCCCAUCAGGAGCUAAAAAUGUAUGUCAUGUAGCUAAAACCAACAUUUUAUUUGUCCAUUCAACUAUGAAAGGAUUAGAGAUGAAACCAGAGCAAGGAAAAAUCAAAGCAAUACAUGUGGAACAAGUACAGUAAAAAUACUGCAUGUGAACGAUACCCACCAGAUCAGCAAACGGUUGCCCAAGAAAUCAGAGAGUAACAUAGAAGGAAAUGAACAUUAAUGGAACAAAACUACUUAGCCCUUCUAUUUAGUUGAUGAUCAGCAUAUCAAGUGCUUAUUUUAUAUCGGUGGGAAAUGGGAUUGAAGAAAAACAUUAGCUUUCCCUGAUGGUGGUUCUUCAGAAGAUGUCUUCUCUGAAAGUCUUUGGCCAAAGGGAUCUCUUUUUUCAUUACAUAAGGUAAAGUAAAGAAACAAAAAUAGUGAAGGAAAGAGGAAAUAAAGGAACAGGGCGCUAUAGCAUCAUUAAAAAGAUUCACAGUCAGGUAUGGACCUAAGUAAUUCUCAGGAACAGUCAGUGGCUACAGAAGGACAGGACGUUUUGAAAGACUGUAAUGUGAACAAAUUCCAGGAGAUGGAAAACAUGGAUAGUAGGGAAGAUAUGAAAGAGCACAGUCAACCUCAUGAAGAAACAGGAGAUGACUUGGUCAAAGUGAAGGGUGAAUACAAUGAAAGAGAAGAGAAUGCUUUGAAUUCAGAGUCUAUGGAAAAUACAGAAGAAUCUGAAAUACCUUACAGCUAUCCAAGAGAAUAUAAUGAAUAUGAGAGCAUUAAACUGGAGAGACAUUCUGGUUCAUAUGACAACAUCAGGCCAACUAGUGGAAAGAUGAACUGCGAUGUCUGUGGAUUAGCCUGCAUUAGCCUCAAUGUCUUGAUGGUUCAUAAGCGUAGCCACACUGGUGAACGGCCAUUCCAGUGUAAUCAGUGCGGAGCGUCCUUUACUCAGAAGGGUAACCUCCUCCGCCACGUUAAACUACAUACAGGGGAAAAACCUUUUAAAUGUCAUCUUUGCAGCUAUGCCUGCCAAAGGAGAGAUGCACUAACAGGUCACUUAAGGACACAUUCUGUGGAGAAGCCCUACAAAUGUGAGUUUUGUGGAAGGAGUUACAAGCAGAGAAGCUCAUUAGAGGAGCAUAAAGAGCGAUGUCGUACUUACUUGCAGAGCACUGGCAUGUGUGAGGCUGCAAGCGUGGAGGCAAGGCACAUCAAAGCAGAGAUGGGGACUGAAAGAGCACUUGUGCUGGACAGGUUAGCGAGCAACGUGGCAAAACGAAAAAGUUCAAUGCCUCAGAAAUUUAUUGGUGAGAAGCGACAUAGCUUUGACAUUAAUUACAAUUCCAGUUUCUUGUAUGAAAAGGAAAGCGAAAUGAUGCAAGGACGUAUGAUGGACCAGGCCAUAAAUAAUGCGAUCAGCUAUCUUGGAGCAGAAGCACUGCGUCCCCUUGUACAAACCCCACCAGCUCCCACUUCUGAGAUGGUCCCUGUCAUCAGCAGCUUGUAUCCCAUACCACUGACCCGCUCUGAAAUGUCAAAUGGCAAUCCACAAGACACAGAGAAGAGCCAUGCCCACCUUAGAGACAAAAGUUUGUCUUCUGACAGAGGCCUUUCCCCAAACAACAGCGGCCAAGACUCCACAGAUACUGAUAGCAACCAUGAGGAGCGCCAGAGUCACACCUACCAUCAAAACCAAAUGAUCCCCUCCCAGGUCCGCAAUGGCCUCCAAUCCUUGAAGGAGCUCCCAAGGCCAUAUGACAUAAUCAAGCCACCAACCAUAUGCCCACGUGAUGCCUUUAAGGUUAUCAAUAAGGAAGGUGACGUCAUCGGGGUCUACAGAUGUGACCAUUGUCGUGUCUUGUUUUUGGAUUAUGUGAUGUUCACCAUUCAUAUGGGAUGCCACGGAUUCCGUGAUCCUUUCGAAUGCAACAUGUGUGGGUACAGAAGCCAAGACAGAUAUGAGUUCUCCUCACAUAUAGCACGAGGAGAGCACAGAGUGGUCCUGAAGUAAAAGGAUUGAUUUUCCAAGAGACCAAAGGAUCUGUUUUAGAUUUGUUUGUUUUUUAAAUUUGACUAAAAAAAUUGCUUAAAUAUUUUUUGUGCCAAUUCUAAAAAUGUUAGUGUCCCUUGUAGUAGCAAAGUACUGAUGGGGCUUUUUAUUUGUUACUCGAAAUGCAGUAUUCUGUAGCAUCUGUGCCUAGAUACUGCGGUGACUGGCACUAUAUAUAAAUACCAAAGAUAGGCAGAUACAGAUUUUGUAUGAACUUUAUUUUUGUGAAAAUUAAUAACAACUUAAGAUAUGUUUUCAAAUAUUUUAACAUGUAUUUUUGUUAGAACAUUUGCUUCCAGUAAUAGCAAAAUGGCAAUCUAGCUGUAUUCUGAGUGAAAUACAAAGUCAAAUAUUGAUGUAAUAAUUCUCAUAAAAAAGUUGAAAUUCAGCACAAAAGAUUGUCUAUCCUUACUGCCCUUUCAGAACCACUGUAUUCCAGCCAGUAACACACAAGAGACACUUUCUGUUAGUGUUUCAAUUCCUGAGGUAUUCCUAAAAUGGCCAAAUUAUUGAAACAGGGAAAACACAUAUCUGGGGAGAUCGUAUCAAAUAACUUUUAAAUAUUUCCCCCAAAGUCUUAAAGAGUGUGUUGUCUCACCACACUUUGCUUUUGCUUACCCCACUCUCUUCACUUUCUUUAAAGUCUCUCCCCACUCACCUCUUACUCAGUAAUACCAAAAUAAGCCAUCUAAGCUAUUUGAGGUUUUAGUUUUUUUAACUGGGUAUACCCUUUUGGGAUGCCCAUUGAGAUCCUUUGUUGGCUUGCCCAUAAAUUCUGGAGGAAAUCCUGCUUUUCAUUGAUGGAUCAAGUAUGUGUCUUUCUAACAGAACAAAAUUGCAAUGAGACUUAGACCCAAUUCUGCUCCCAUUGACAUCAAUAUCAAAACUCACACUGACUUCACCUGGUGUAGGAGCAGUCUAGCAAUGGGCAGCCAAAAUGCUCAUUAAGGCAAAUGGGAUUUUUGCUUAUCUAAGGGCUGCAGGAUUGGGCAGUAUGAGGUUACUGUAACUCAGGGAGAGAACAGAGAAGAUAACAUAUAGAACAAAUAUAAUGAAAACUUUUUGAUUUAGAAAGCAAUUUUUGAUGAAAGUGUACUGGAUGUGAAAAUAAAGGUCCCAAGUCUCCUCUCACUUGUGUUACACCCGUGUGAGAGGAAAGCUAGGCUCAAAAUGUAUUGGAUCAGAUGCUACCCUCAUUUACACCCAUGUAACCUCACUGAUGGCCAUGCGGUUGCAUAGAUGAGCAUAGAAUUUGACUCAAUAUAUUUCGGAUUUAGCGUUGCCAAGUAGAAUCAUAGUGUCCUGGUAUAUAUUAGCAGUAGCUACCGUGAGAAUCUUCAUGUAAGAAUGUGUGGGAGCGGACAAUUCAAUCACACUUUCUGGUUUUACAUGGGGAUAUCCCUUGGAGUGAAAUGUGCUGUUUUGCAAAAUGAGUAUUUACGAUUACUUUGAAGACAGUUUUUAAAAUAGUUCUUUUAAUCUAAUCAUUGUUCUGCAGCUGUAUUAUUAGUCACUGUACUGAAGAUGUGAAUAUGAUAAUUUUGCUGAGUGUAUGUUUAUUUUUUUAAAUUUUUUUAUAUAAUGUAGAGUUAGAUGUGUUUUGCUGGAUUUUUUCAUCCAGUGAGUAUUUGGUCUGAGCACUUAUUUUGUACUUUUUCAGUGUUGUGUCAACUGCUGUGUAAUGUGUUUCACUUUUUUCCAUGAAGCAAAAGUGGGAGCUAGUGUUCUGAAUAGAAGACUGAGUGUCAAGAAAUAGGGAAUUCUAAUUCUGCCUCUGACACUGGCUCCUUCUAUGAUCUUGGACAAAUCACUUCACCUCUCCCUGACUUAUUUCCCUCGUGUAAAAAGGGGAUGAUAAUAUUUUCUCUGCCUGAUAGGGGUAUGUGUGAAGAUUAAUAAAAUUAAUGUUUGUAAAAUGCUAUGAAGUUGAAAAGUACUAUAUAAGUGCUAUAUUUUUUGUGCAGAGUGGGGAAGAUAUUUUUGUCCAUUUGUGUUCAAUUUGUAGAAACAUAGUUGUAAAAUACUUUUAUGAAUACCUUUGUGGUAGAAAACUUCUUAUUGCCAGGGACAUUUUUAGUGAGCUGGGUGGAUGCCCCUCCUACCCCCAAAAACACCCGUGCCACAGCACUACUACAAAACCCUUCAGUUGAGUUACUCCUGACUUACAAGAAGAUCUGUAAAAUGAGAUAGAGGACGUUAGGUUCAUGCUCAGUAUAUUUGGAAAUACUUUGGAGUGGGUCUCUUACAACAGGAGGUUGCCUAAAAAGGGUGGGGCAGAAACAUACUGUAUUCUUCUUUAUUUCCUGUCCUAAAUUACUGUGAGCUGAUAAACGGGUUUCUACAUUUCUUUCCAAAGAUGGCUAUAUUUUCAUGGUGAAAAUGAUCAAUAUAUAUGUACACCGUAGAAAAAAUGUUUCUCAUUAGGGUUAAACAAAAUCAUUUAGAAAGAUGAAUAAGAAAAAGUACAAAUAAGUGAAGUGUUACCUAGUCAUUAGGACAGGAAACACCUUGAAUUACUGCAUGUAUAUUACAUCAAAUACCACUAGCUUCUUUCUCACGCCACCAUAGAAUCCUUGAAGAUUACUUUGCCCAGAAUUUACUCUCCCACUCUUCACUUAUUGUUCAGCUAGGCAGGGCUUCAGCCACCUACCCACCCAUUAUUUCCCAGAUAAAGUGAGCAAUCAACCACUGAGCCUGUGAAAAGUUCAGUUUGAGCUACAUUGACAGUUUUUUGAAAGAGAAGUUUCACAGAAUCUGCCCCUAGUAGGCAGAUUUUUCCCACCACUACUCAGGCAAAGAAGUGUUGUUAAGAUAUACUGCACCAAAAGAAAUUGUUCAUAGCCAUUUUUUGGGCCCAAUGAGCAGUGUAUUUAAAUGAGUACCUUUUAUCUGACGUAAAUCCUCAUUAACUUCAUGAGUGUGUGUUUGGGACUACUCCCACUUGGGCUCAGGACUGCGUUAAUCACAUAUUGGCACUGAAGCUGGAAAAGUACAUAAGGCCUACUCCUGCAAGGUGCUGAGCACCGCUGCUUUCCAUUUAAAUCAGGAUUUGCCCCCUAAUUGGCAUAAAAUUGAGCAGAUUGAAGCUUACCUCAUCUUUAAUAUGGAGGGGUAGCUCACAGAUACUAAAGAUCCCAUCUUGCAAUGCUCCAUCUUGAUCUCAGCAACCUUCCACUAGAUCAAAAGGAAAGAUUGUAUGGUGAAGCAAGUAGUCUGUUUUGGCCAUGUCUGUUUAUCAGAAAGAAGGUGGAUCACAUCGCUGGAUACUGAGAGUCACAUUUAGCUUGCAAGAUAUAUUUUGCCAACCCCUGCUGCAAAGAGUUCAAACGCCAGGGUUGAAAAACCUAUUGAUGACUUUGCAAAAUUACCUGAACUGCAAAAUGAAAAAUCUUUGCAAACUGUUGCUAGACUAAUUUGUUCUACUGGCCUAUUUUAACACUGCUGGUUCAGUUGAUUUCAGUAUGAAAACACAUUUUGCAUAGACAUUUUUCUGAAAUGCAGUCUGAUCAACAGUUUUCUUUGUCUCGGUCAAUUCUUUGUUGUACUAACUGAUAAAUUGCACACAUACAAAACAUUGAUAUGGUUUUUGAAAUUGUAUUGUGUCAUUAAGGAAUAAAUGUUAUUUUUUUGUUUAACAUUUUACUGAUUUUUUGAAGGACAGGCCUACAAAAAGAAUAUCUAAUAUUUAUAAUUGCUAAAGAAGUCUCAGCAGAUAUAACAAAUAGAUGUACUGCAAUUGUGUGUUUGUAAAAGGCCUAGAAUAAUAGGGGCUUGAUCCCUGAUUGGUGCUUUUAGAUGCUACAAAACACAAUAAUAAUGCUCUAUAUGUUGAAUAUUUUUUUUUAUUUAAUUAAGACAAAUUAAGUCAGAUAGGCAGCCCCUAGAUUCCAAAUGUUGAGAAUUUGUCUUAUUAAGCUUUAAGCUAUCACAGGGGUCAGCAACCUUUCAGAAGUGCUGUGCCGAGUCUUCAUUUAUUCACUCUAAUUUAAGGUUUCGUG